AUGACCUUCCUCAAGACCCAUCUCCGUCGAAACUCGAGUGAGCGACUACGAUUUACGAAUCUAGGUACGAGCGUGAUGCAUCGUAAAUCGGAAUCUAGUUCAUCACGCGCCGCCUCAGUGCCAGAUACUGAACAGCAAGACUACAUCAACUCCGAAGUGGAGCAUUUGUUCCAACAGGCAACCGAUACCAACGAAGACCAUGCUUCUAGUCGUUUUAGGGAUUCAAAGUCAGAGUCAUCUCUGUUUCAUAAACUCAUGAAACGCAAGGACUCCCAAUCGAAAUCGGCAGGCUUGACGGCAGGAAUAAGAAGAUCCUUCUCUCAACGAGUACGCCCGAAAACAUCAGUUGAUCCGAAACCCAGUGAUGAGACAGUCACACGAGGUUGUUCGCCAGAUUUCGCCAGCGAGACGGGUUACGACAGCGAUGCGGCAUUCAUAGCGAGUCCACGGUUCUCUGAGCAAAGCUGGGAUUCUGUAUACCCUUCCAGUCCAGUAGCUAUCGACAGAACGAUAACCUCGUUGAACCAGGUGCUGUCAGAGGAUAUGAAAUCAUGUCCUGGUGCAAACGAAGAUAACGAAGUCACCGCCUUGUCGUCCAUGCGUCUCCAGCCCAACAUUCUCUCGAUUUCGAAAAGAAGGAAGAAAGUUGAGAAUCCUGUCGACAAAGACUGUCAAACCUAUUCUCGAUGGGUACCGAGCAUUAAUCUCGGUAAUGAGGGUGAAGGAACAAAAAAUACACCAGCGGAUUCCAAGGGCGCUCCCAGGAAGAGCCGGUUCACGGAAUUGUUUGAUCAUCCCGGAUUACAAGACGAACCCACUCCCCAACAACCUCGAAAAGUAAGCAUUGGAUGGAUGUCGGAGGGCAAACGCUACGGGUAUGGGUAUAACUUUGUUGAUAAUGACGCGACCACCACUUCCUGUGCUACAGAUGGGCGGACCGAUAACUCUUCUGAGACUGACGAGAGAGAAUCGGUUGCCGAUCAAGACGAGGAGAGCAAUACUUCUUACACAACGGCGGUUCCGGCAAAUGAUUCAUCUGAGACCGAAGAAACUGGAUCUAGUACGGACGCAACCUUAUUCGAUGAAGGUCAAGAUGCCGAUCUGCUUGGCCAGGCAAGUGUUGAGACUUCUUCUGAACCAGAAGCCAAAGAAUCUGCCGAAAAAGAACCUAGCCAGUCAAUAGCCAGGAAUUCUUCGGAGCCCGAAUUAGUAUUGUCCUCCUACCAACGCGGUCGAUGGACAUUGUUCCCUAGCUACACGAGAGUGGAAAGGAAUAAAUCGACCGAUGUUGGCGACACAGUCAUAGUUCGGGACUUCUGCCCUAAAGCAUCGCCAGACAGACCUCAGCAAGAAGACAAUGACGAAGGAAAGAAACACCAUCUAAUAGCCAACGCCAUUCGCCAAGGCUUCCACGACACUUUUCUCUGGGUGAUCGGUCUCGGUAAACGUGAAAUAGCACGAUACCAUGCUGGUCUUCAAGUGCAAGCAGCCCAAUCCCAUGGAAACAUUGAUCCGACGUUUGAAAUGACAGUGCCCUUUUGGGACCAUGUGCCGAAGGAAGAAUUGGGACAAUAUCACAUCGCAGCCUGGCAAGCAGCAAAACGGCGACCAAAGAAACGACAUGGUGGUAAUUUAGAGAAAUGGAAAGCGUCAGUCGGUCAUGCUAUUGAUGCUGCUGCGGCUAGGAAAGCGCGCAAGAAGUCGACACCACCGUUUUCUUCGUCUUCGUUGUCGUCAACAGAGUCAUUUCGGGAACGAUUCCUUUGGGAUGUUGAGAGCGGUACGAGGUAUCUUGGUAGGAGACACAGUGCGAAGUUUUGA